CUUGGAUUAUAGCUAUGUUUCUCUUGUUAGAAGCUCAAUUUAGCCAAGGCCGCAUGGUUCCUUCAAAUCUAGGUUUUCUUGUACAAGGAUCGCCGUUUCUCUUCAAUGGUUUCAACGCUUACUGGAUGAUGAAGGUCGCCUCCGACCCCGACAACCGCCACAAGGUCACCGAUGCCUUCCGGGAAGCCUCCGCGGCUGGGCUCACUGUCUGCCGGACUUGGGCUUUCGGAGAUGGAGGCGAUCCCGCCCUCCAAAUAUCGCCCGGGGUUUACGACGAACGUGUCUUUCAGGGAUUAGAUUUUGUGAUUUUUGAAGCUAGGAAGUAUGGAGUACGUCUCAUUUUGAGUUUUGUGAAUAAUUUUGAUGAUUUUGGAGGUAAAGCGCAGUAUGUUGAAUGGGCAAAAAAGGCAGGAGCAAACGUUAGCGGUGAUGAUGAUUUUUACACAAAUCCACUCAUCAAAGAUUACUACAGGAACCAUAUAAAGAGAGUGGUGACGAGAUUGAACGUUUUUACUGGAGUUUCUUACAGAGACGAGGCAAUGAUCAUGGCAUGGGAACUCAUGAACGAGCCUCGUUGCCAAACUGACUACUCUGGAGCAACACUCAACGGAUGGGUUCAAGAAAUGGCAAGUUAUGUGAAAUCUAUUGACAAGAAUCACUUGUUGGAGAUAGGAAUGGAAGGUUUCUAUGGAGAUAGCAUCCCACAAAGAAAACAAGUGAAUCCUGGGUACGAAAUCGGGACCGAUUUCAUUAGUAACAAUCUUGUUAAGGAGAUCGACUUCGCCACCAUCCAUGCAUAUCCUGAUGUCUGGUUGCCUGGGAAAAGUGAGGAUGAACAGAAGAAAUUCAUGGAGAGAUGGAUGUGGAAUCAUUGGGAAGAUGCAAGGAACAUAUUAAAGAAGCCAUUAGUGAUUGCUGAAUUUGGAAAGAGGAGCAAAGAUGGUUUGGUUGAGAGAGACUUGUACAUAGGGAGUAUCUAUAGAGAUAUAUAUAGAUAUGCAACAAGUGGAGGUACAAUGAGUGGAAGCUUGGUAUGGCAAGUGAUGGCACAAGGGAUGGAUGAUUAUCACGAUGGGUAUGAGAUCAUCUUAUCACAGAGCCCAUCAACGGCUGGGAUCAUUUCUAGACAAUCUCAUGCCAUGAACGCAUUAAUGUCUCAAUUCUUCACUAGGGACAAUAAUAAUAUUAUCAGAUUAGCAUGA